CGGCUCGGGCCUCCGCCUCGUCGGGAAUACCGGAAGUGGUCUGCGCCCGGUCUUCCGGUGCGGCGGAGAAAUGGCGGUGGUCCCUGUGCUGCAGAAGCUGCCGCGGGUGCUGUCAAGGCACAGUCUCCUGUCUCCUCUAAGCAGUGUGACAUCCUUCAGAUGCUUCUACAGAGGUGACAGUCCAACAGAUUCCCACAAAGAUGUGCUUGAAAUCCCUUUGCCUCCAUGGCAGGAGAGGACGGAUGAAUCCAUAGAAACCAAGCGAGCGCGCCUCCUGUAUGAGAGCAGGAAGAGGGGGAUGUUGGAGAACUGCAUCCUCCUCAGCCUCUUUGCUAAAGAACAUCUGCACCACAUGACGGAGAAGCAGCUGAACCUGUAUGAUCGCCUGAUUAACGAGCCCAGUAAUGACUGGGAUAUUUACUACUGGGCCACAGAAGCCAAGCCAGCCCCAGAGAUAUUUGAAAAUGAAGUCAUGGCCCUGCUGAGGGACUUCGCCAAGAACAAAAACAGGGAACAGCGGCUGCGCGCCCCGGACCUGGAGUACCUCUUCGAAGAGCAGCGCUGAUCUGGGCGCUGCUGCUGGCACAGGGCUCAGCUGGGGACAGGCACCACUCGUGACCCGGCCCAGCUUCCUGCUUCUCCUCAGGCACUCUGCUCCUCAGGUGGGGGACGAGAGGGGCCCCAGCUCUCAGGACAGAUACCGAUGUCUCUGUGCUCCCAGGUGGCACAGCAAGUGCUUCGUCUGGCUGCCUUGGCACAGGCCUGCCACAAGAGGGCACUGUGGCUCCAUCCAUUCAUGCCCGGGUAGGGGAUAGGCUUGUCUGCCCUGCUGUGGGAGGAGCCCUGCCCACCUGCACCCUUCCUCUGGGUUUGUUAAAAUGAACCCCCUUCCAACCUGCUGCGUCCUUACCAGCCAACGAAGCUGACCUGGGCGCCCCCCAGGCCUGCCCAGUCAGAGACAAGGCCUGCAGAGCAGGGCCGUAUAGGUGUGCGGCUUACAAGUCGUACCCAUGUCGCACUUCAUUUAAUCACGUGCACUCUGUAAAUGAAGGAGAGCUGAAGUAAAGGAUCAGGAAGUUGGCAGUGUCCUGACCCUUACAGUGA